UGAGCAAUAGUAAAAAUUACAUUUUUGUCGCAUUCUUGCGCAAUAUUGAAUCUACCAUGGUAGUAUACAGAAAUUCUCUAUGACUCAUUUUGUUGUUCGUCGAAUCGAAUCGUCAAUCGUCUAUUUGCGUCUCGUUUCUAUCGUGUUUUUGCGUGUGCGGCGCCGACUUCGUCCAUAACAAUUUCGAUCUGCCAGUCGGUUGUGGGCAUUGGAGGCGUCAGCAACGAAUCCAAGGGCCUUAAGACAUCUCAACGAUGACUGCCUUAAUCACAGAGUUUAACCACCUUGGUGGCAACAGUAUUCAAGAGCAUAAGAAACUAUUUUGUCUCUAUGGCAACAAACUUGCUGCACUUGAUGUGCCUGAAAGACUGCAUGUACUUAACAAUUUGAGAGCAGAACAUAGACAAGAAGAAAUAUUUCUAACUAAGUUGCUGCUAAAGUUUGAACAGACAGAGAAACUUAAGCAUUUGAUUCUUCAAGGCGAUCGCAUUUUAAACAAAGUGAUCGUUUGUCACAAGCCUUUCAUAUUCAGGGAUGAUGAUGUCAACUAUUUCAUGGAUGAAUUGUUUCCUAAUGUUUCUUAUAUUGUGAGAAACAGGUGCCUUAACAAUUUGGCUAAGAUAAUAAAGCGGGACGAUGUUGGAGAAGAAUUCUUCAAACAGGUCCUGGAAAGAUAUGGCAUUAAAACCGCACAAGUUUUGCUUCCUGUUUGCAAUGAGGCGUUCAUCAGGGAGAUAAUCACUAGUUAUCGUGUCGUAUUUCGUGAGCGACAACUUGUUACACUUUUUCAACGUUUUGGGUCUUCGUUUAUUAGUUUUUAUUAUGCAGAAUGUUUCAAGUAUGGUUUGACCAAGCAGUUUGGUGACCAACCAUUCUUUUCGCAAUAUUUAUCUACUAAAGAUAUUGUUACAUUUUGUCAACUUCUUAAGUAUGGAGAGCCCAAACUUAGUACCAGAGGAUUCAAGAAGUUUUUGAAUAUUAAAAAGGAUGAAUACCUGACCGCACCAACCAAAUAUUCGUCAUUUGUGAAGCCUAAGAUUCUGUAUAGAUUAUUAACAAAGGAAGAAUUCCGAAUGUAUUUUUUGAAUAAGUUACCAAAGAAUGAGUAUGACUUUUCAGUGUAUUCCAUGCUUGAUGAUCUUAAAACCUUAAAAAUUGAAGAUCGUGGAAAUUUCCUAGCUGGUGUGUUCAAAGAAAAAUAUGGGUUUGAGAUCUACACCAAAGAAGUUGAUUAUCACUUGAAAUCAUUACUAACUGGAGAAGAUUUGCUGAAAUUCGUCAUGACAGAAGAAGAAACUUUAGGGUAUCUUCCACCGUCAAAAUCAUUCCCGCUGAUUAAAGAACGUAUUAAUUUAACAUCUGAUAUUAAUACGCGAUGCCAAUUAGUUCUGAAACUUUUCAUCUCCGCAAAAGUCAACAAUGACGAUGAAGGACUCCUGGAAGCUCUGAAAUAUUUUAAUCAGAGGCACAAAAAUGAUCAAUCUUCGAUCCGUGAAGAUGUAUUCACCUAUAUCAAAGAAAAUUACAAGAUGGAAAAUCUUAGUGCGGACAUUUGGCAAUAUUUGCAUGAGUUGAUUCUCGCUGAGCAAAUGAUUUCUGAAUAUCCGCAUACACUGCGGGAUAUGUUUGCAGAAGUUCUAAACUACAAGUUUGUCAAUGGGUUGGACUUUAAUGCUGAAUUCAAAAAGUACGUGAAAAAUGUUGGAUGUCAUUAUUUUGAUUUAACUUCAAAAAGUAAGGAUUUGAAGCGUUGGAUACUGCUGCAUUUGCCAGAGAUGUGCAGGGAAGUUUUCACCGAUGAGAAUGAGAAGAAAAGCUGGCCUACAGCUUUUCUUAAUGUUCUCCAGAGGUGGAACAAAGAUAAUCCAAAAGAUAUUAUAUCCUACUUUAACUAUCCUGAGAUUAUUGAAUCAGCCAUAGAGCAUCAUAAUGAUGAUCGUCAUUAUUAUUACGACGAUGUCAUUGCUAGUGAUAUAUUGACAUUCAAAACCACUGAUCCUAAAGAGAUUAAAUUAAGGAAUGAUCUUAUGGAUGCGCAUAUAUCUAAGUUUGCAGCUAGUGAGAAGAUGUGGCGAUGGUUGUUGAAACACCGCAUGGAAGUCGUCGUAAAACACAUUGAUCUCUUCUAUGAAAAAUACGUCAGUACUUAUAGUGUGAGGAAUUUGAUUUAUGAACUAAUGAAAAUGCACUACACACCACUGCCAGCUAUAGUUCGUGAAAAGUCCUUGCAAUUAUUUAAUGAUUCCAUGAAAUCAAUUGAGAUGAAGGAUGAAGAAAAUAAAGUCAGUGCCUCCCAAAGAAAUCUUGCGCUUCUUGCACUGUCAUUUGAGAAGGACUUUAUGAAGAUGAUCGAUAAUGACAGGUGUUAUCCUUCAAGCGAGGCUGAGGCUGAAGUGAACGUACUGGAUGAAUCCUUUAAGGAGACACUUAGAUUAAGGGAACAAGUUGUUGAAUGUCUUCGUAAUCGACCUUGCUCCCAAGAAGUUAUGCCUAUGGUAAUGCGUUUCUGCUUCAAGGAUUACUUCAAAUGCACACUUCCAGUACUCAAUGUUGUUUUGUACAACUUACCGGAGAGGGAACUUGCGGAGCCGUUGAGAAUUUUGCAAGAUAGAUCAGUUACUGUGCGCAAACGUGCGUUGUUUUACGCUACGACACUGGGAAACGCACAAACUAGCUGUGAUGCCCUGAAAUAUGCAGGGGAAAAUGAGAAAAAUAAAUCUCUGCAAAAGUUUGUCUUUAACCGUACAUUCAAGAAUUUUUGUUUUGUUGGAAAUCAAGCAUCUUGGGAGCUGCUUUUGGAGCAUUUCAAAUUUGUCUUUGAGAAGGACACUGAAACGCACACGAUGGUGUUCCAGUUUAAUUUGAUUUCACGCAAUUACUUAGCUCUCUACGUGGAAACAGUAUGGCAGUUUAUUGGAAAACAAUGGAAGGAUAAACACACUUGUGUGUUGAAUGCUAUUAACGCUGACAUAAUGACCCUACUUUCCGACAAGUUAUGCGAUGAUAUUAUUCAUUUUAGUCUGGUGCAUUCCAAAGGACAGCUUAUUAGUUCAGACGUGGACUUUAUCUAUUCGUACCUGCUUUCCAGCGGCGAGAAGAUUGAUCAUCGCUUUGAUCUCGUAGCGAAUAAUGCUCGGAUUGUCGUCGAUGAGGAUUCGCAAUUGGAUUUUAAAGAAUUCAACAAGAAAUCGCAGAAUAUUGGUUUCUUGUACAAGGACAUUUGCAGGCGGUUGAUGGAGAAAGAUGAAGAAGAAUGUACUCAUCUUGCGGAGAAGAAAAUGCUUGUAAAUAAGCUUGCCCAGGCAUUCCCCAAUUUACCUCUUCCGUAUAAUCAUCUCGAUUACCAGCUUCAAAUUGAAGUUUGUAGAUGUUUCCUUGAUGACGCCGAUAAACUGCCAGAGUUGUUCAUUAAGUUACAAAAAGAUGUUUUGGAAAGACAUGGAGCCAUGAUGUUGGAUUAUUUCAAUGAGUUUGCGUCGUCACUGAUUAGUAUGCUUGGCGAUGAAAUGGAAUACAGAUUAAGUUUUGUGCAGAAGUUGCUGGAGAAGGAAAAUUUAACCAGUGUGAAGUUAUUGGCAAUUCACUUAAUGCCAUCUGUGUAUCCCAGUAGCGAAGUUUGCGCUUCAAAUUUCAGAAAUAUAAUGGAAAAGAUUGAAGCUGAGUCUGCUCCUGUUGUGUUGCUUUAUUUGAAUCGCUACUUAAAAAAUUUGUCCAUUUAAUUAUAUUUUAAAAAUGCGCGUGAAGCUAUCUUACCUAUUUAUCUCAUAUAAUAUGUACUAUAAAAUGUUAAAUACAGUAUAUAAUACCAUUAUUGUGCAAUAAUUCUAGAAAUUACGAAAAUAUAUGGCAUGGAAAUAUGUAAUAUUUUGCACUAAUAUUGGUUUCUACUUGUUCUGAUUAUUUGUGUUGAAUAAACAACUUUUUUGAAAACA